AUGUCGAUACCAACUUCGCGGCAGCUAGGCUUGGAGUUGUUAAGGGCGACGAGACGAUGUCGCCCAAACUUUGGAUAUCUUCAAAAAUGCGAGAUUCGACAGCCCGCCGAUUCCCACGCUAGAUAUUCCCACACUAGAUAUUCUCACGAUAGAUAUUCUCACGCUAGAUACUUUCACUCCCAGCCCGCCUUUCGAACUGCGUCGCCCAAGGCCGCUCCGAAAUCCCCUCCGAAAUCCCCCCCGAAUCCUCGCCGUCUGCGUCCCCUCCCCGUCCUUGCUGCAGGUGGUGGACUCCUCACCGCACUCUUCUCCAUCUUUCAACCUGUCUCCCAUGAGCCUCUCGAAGUUCCUCGAGACAAAAAACCACCGCCUGAUUCGACUUCUAGUAAUAACGACGACGACGGGUUUCCGCGCUAUCGACUUUCGGAAGUUAAAGAGCACGGGCCAAAAUCCGAAAGGCCUUGGGUGAUAUACGAGGAUAAGAUAUACGACAUAACAGACUGGGUCCCCGCUCACCCCGGUGGCGAGGUGAUUCUCCGCGCUGCCGGUGGAAGUAUCGAACCGUAUUGGGAUAUCUUUUCUAUUCACAAGUCGCCCUACGUCCGCGAAAUUCUCGAUCAGUACGUCAUCGGAAAGGUACACCCGGACGACCUCGAUAAUGGAAGACCGCUGCAGGACCACAUCGAAGAUCCCUUUAUAACCGACCCGGCUAGGGACGCGAGGCUAAUACAGCUGACGCGGAAGCCAUGUAAUGCCGAGACGCCUGCGGAGGAACUUGCCGAAUCUUUUCUCACGCCAAAUGACAUCUUCUACGUCCGUAAUCAUAUGUGGGUUCCUCUCGUGGACGAGGCCGAGGUUGAAGAUUAUACCAUCACCGUCGAGCUUCCCGACGGCGACAGCAAAACUUAUAGCAUCAAAGACUUGAAGACCCGUUUCAAGCAGCACGCCGUCACCGCUGUUCUGCAAUGCUCUGGCAACCGGCGCAGCGAUAUGACCCGUUACGCAACCAAGACGAACGGUUUGCAAUGGACGGUCGGCGCUAUCAGCUGCGCGAAAUGGGAAGGUGUACGAUUACGAGACGUCCUCGCCGACGCUGGCCUGCCGCUUGAAGAACCCGGAGAAGAUGCUCAGCACGUCCAAUUCUCGGGGCUAGAGGCCUAUGGCGCCAGCAUUCCCAUCGCACCCGUGCUGGAUCCCAUGGGAGACGUGCUCCUCGCGUUCAAGAUGAACGACGCCCCGCUUCCGCGGGAUCACGGCUUUCCGGUCAGAGUAAUCGUUCCCGGUCACGUAGCAGCAAGAUGCGUCAAGUGGGUGAACAAAAUUGUGGUCAGCGACGAAGAAAGCAAUACGACGUGGCAGCGCCGGGAUUACAAGUGCUUCGGACCCAACGAAGUCAAGCAGGAUUGGGACAAGUACAAGGCUAUCCAGGUCAUGCCCGUUACGAGCGCCAUCACACGUACCAAGUUGAAGCCUGCAGAGAAGGCGCCCGGCGAAGAUACGGGCGCCUCGGCCGAGAGCUCGGUUGUCCAAUUUGAAGGAUACGCCUACUCGGGUGGCGGGCGAGAGAUCCAGCGUGUCGAUAUAAGCUUCGACGGCGGGGAGACAUGGGACCAAGCCCAACUCGUAGAUGACACCAAGCUCGAGAGAGGAAGUAAAGCCUGGUGUUGGAAGAGGUGGCGCUACGAAACCGCCAUGUCCGAAGUCGCGAAAGGCUCCAGGGACGGCUCCAAGGCUACCGUCGUUGUCAAAGCCACGGACGACGCCUACAACACCCAACCCGAGACCCAUAAGAGCAUAUACAAUUUAAGGGGGAACUUGGCCACAGCCUGGCAUCGCGUAGAUAUCGACUGCGCUCCCCUGAAAGAUGGUGGAAAGAGCAGGAAUGCCGAAUAG